CUGUUUCACCUUCCUCCUGCCCUCUCCCUUCUUCUGUGCCCUGUGAGCUCUGGGCCAUCCCCUGGCCUGUCACUGCUUUGAUCUUUGUAGCCUUGCCAGGAGGCUCUUUAAUUGUUGGUUUCUAUGUUAACAGCCACUGUUCAGCUGCCACCCUCAGUGCUAUGGAAACCUUUUUUAAGAGGCACUUCCAGAGGAAGGGGCUCUCGGGGUCACGGCAUGCCAGCGUGGUGGCAGUGCCCACAGGUAAAGCCAGGCGACGCUCCCAAGUGGGCCUGCCCUCUGCCUCACUGGCCCAGCGCCGAGGCAGGUCCGGUACGGCCCUCUCCUGCCUGGGCCGGCCCCAGCAGCCCAGCUCCCACUCCCGGCGCCGCUCCAGCACCACACCGCCAUGCCUCAGCCCCCGCUUUGCUGUGCAGAAGAAGCGCAGGGGUCAGGUGCGAUCCAUCGAUACCCACUUGAUGGGCCCUUCCAUGCUCCUGGCCAGCCUUAUCCAAAUGAGAGAGGAGGGGAAAGGGGUGCCCUGUGCCGACAGCUCCGGAUCCGAGUCCCUGGAGGACAGUGGCAGCAGGGAGGAAAGUGUGGCCGCUGGGGGAACGGAGCCGGGCAGGCAUGGGUGGCGGGCUGAGGAGACCUGGCUCUCCAUGCUCCCUGUGCUGCGGCCGCUCCACGUCAGGCCACUGCUGAGGGGCCCCCGCUGCCUGCGUCGCAGAUCCUCCCAUCGCCUGCCCACUGAGUUCGUGUAUGGCAGGGCUGCCUAUGGCCUGCAAGGGCGCUACCGCCGCCUCAGCCAGCACCGGCGUUCGAGUGAUGCCAUGGGGCCUGGGGCGCUGCUCUCCCCGGGCCAAGCGUGGCUGCUCCCCAGGAGGUGGAUGGGUGCAGCCAGAGCCAGGCACCCUGCUGCUGCCCUCUCCGAGUGCCUGGGAUCGGAGUCUGCCUGCCCUGCCGCCCCCGACAGCUGGAGCCCCAGGCUGCUGUAUGUAUGGCGAAAAGCUAUUGCCAAGUCCAGCCUCCAGCACAUGGUAGCCCAGCCAAACCCUGCACCAUCCCUGAGGAGCGAUUUGGAAAGGCAGAUACGCAGCACUGUGGACUGGAGUGAGACUGCAGUCUAUGGGGAGCACAUCUGGUUUGAGACCAAUGCCUCUGGGGAUUUCUGCUAUGUUGGGGAGCAGAACUGUAUGGCGAAGCUGCUGCAAAAACCACUCACCAGGCGUAAGUGUGCAGCCUGCAAGAUUAUAGUGCAUACUCCCUGCAUAGAACAGCUAGAGAAAAUAAAUUUCCGCUGCAAACCUUCCUUCAGGGAGUCAGGAUCCCGGAAUGUACGGGAGCCCAUAGUUGUCCGACAUCACUGGGUGCACCGGAGACGGCAGGAAGGGAAAUGCCGGCAGUGUGGCAAGGGUUUCCAGCAGAAGUUUGCCUUCCACAGUAAAGAGAUUGUAGCCAUCAGCUGUUCCUGGUGCAAGCAAGCGUAUCACAGCAAAGUGUCAUGUUUCAUGCUGCAACACAUCGAAGAGCCCUGCUCACUAGGGGCUCAUGCUGCUGUCGUCGUUCCUCCCACCUGGAUUCUGCGGGUCCGACGGCCCCAGAAUCCAUUGAAGUCUAGUAAGAAGAAGAAGAGGGCAUCAUUCAAGCGGAAAUCAAGCAAAAAGGGGGCUGAGGAAGGGAGGUGGAAACCCUUUGUCAUCAAGCCUGUGCCAGCUCCUCUCAUGAAGCCCUUGCUGGUGUUUGUGAACCCCAAGAGUGGUGGUAAUCAGGGAGCCAAGAUCAUCCAAUCCUUCAUGUGGUAUCUCAACCCACGGCAAGUUUUCGACCUCAGUCAGGGUGGACCUAAGGAGGCGCUGGAGCUGUACCGGAAGGUCCACAACCUACGGAUUCUGGCGUGUGGGGGAGAUGGCACGGUGGGCUGGAUACUCUCCAUUCUUGACCAGUUACGCCUCAACCCACCUCCUCCUGUGGCCAUCCUACCUUUGGGGACAGGGAAUGACUUGGCCAGGACGCUGAACUGGGGUGGGGGUUACACAGAUGAGCCUCUGUCCAAGAUCCUGUCACAUGUGGAAGAUGGGAACAUUGUGCAGCUCGAUCGCUGGAAUCUCCAUGUGGAACCAAACCCUGAUGCAAACCCUGAGGAGAAGGACGAGGCGGCCACAGACAAGCUUCCCUUGGAUGUUUUUAAUAACUACUUCAGCCUUGGCUUUGACGCACGGGUGACACUGGAGUUUCACGAAUCCCGAGAGGCAAAUCCAGAGAAAUUCAACAGCCGGUUUCGGAAUAAAAUGUUCUAUGCUGGGACGGCUUUCUCUGACUUCCUCACGGGGAGCUCCAAAGAUUUAGCGAAGCAUGUCAAGUUGGUCUGUGAUGGGACAGACCUGACCUCCAAGAUCCAGGACCUGAAGCCCCAAUGCCUGGUCUUCCUCAACAUUCCCAGAUACUGUGCAGGCACCAUGCCCUGGGGCAACCCUGGGGAGCACCACGACUUCGAGCCACAGCGCCAUGAUGAUGGCUGCAUUGAAGUCAUUGGCUUCACCAUGACGUCCCUGGCUGCCUUGCAGGUGGGUGGCCACGGGGAGCGGCUGUGCCAGUGCCGGCAGGUGGUUCUCACCACAUCCAAGGCCAUCCCCAUGCAGGUAGAUGGGGAGCCCUGCAAGCUGGCAGCUUCCUGCAUCCACAUUUCCCUGCGCAACCAGGCCAACAUGGUGCAGAAGACCAAGCGGCGCAACUCCAUGCCUCUGCUCAAUGACCAGCAGCCAGUGCCCGAGCGGUUGCGAAUCCGUGUGAGCCGAAUCAGCAUGCGCGACUAUGAGGCACUGCACUAUGAUAAGGAAAAGCUCAAGGAAGCCUCCGUGCCACUGGGGAUCAUUGUGGUUCCAGGAGACAGUGACCUGGAGUUGUGUCGGACCCAAAUUGAGAGGCUGCAGGAGGAUUUCCCUCCACAGCCCUCUGCUUUACAGCGCCUGCACUUUCAGGAAGGGGAUGGAGCCAAACCGAAGACUCUGUCAUCCCAAAAGCUGUCCCCCAAGUGGUGCUUCCUGGACUCAACCACAGCUGAUCGUUUUUAUAGGAUAGACCGUGCACAGGAGCACCUCAACUAUGUGACAGAGAUCUCUCAGGAUGAGCUCUAUGUGCUGGAUCCAGAGCUGGUUAUCACCCAGACUGUGGGCACCUCUCCUGCCAUGCCUGACCUCGUUGACUCAUCUUCUGCUCCCACUGGGCACCAUUUUGCAUUCCCUUCCUCUUCCUCCUCUCCACCCUCUUCUCCUGCCCCCAGCACUGAGGCUGGGCUCUGCCUCCCUCAUAAAGAUGACCUUCUGAUAGAAGCUGCCAAGAGUGGCAACUUCAGCCAGUUCCAGGAGCUGCACCGGGCUGGAAGAGACCUGAUGGUGCGAGAUUCCUCAGGCCAGACCGUCCUCCAUCAUGCCGUCAAAUCAGGGAGCAAGGAUAUUGUCAAAUACAUCAUUGAGAAUGCCCCUUCAGAUAUCCUGGAUGCCACAGAAGAAGAGAAUGGCGAAACCAGUUUACACCAGGCUGCAGCCUUACGCCAGCGCACCAUCUGCCACUACAUUGUGGAGGCCGGGGCUUCACUCAUGAAGACGGACCUGCAGGGAGACACUCCCAAGCACAGGGCUGAGAAGGCCAACGACCCCGACUUGGCUGCCUACCUCGAGAACCGACAGCACUACCAGAUGAUCCAGCGGGAGGACCAGGAGACAGCUGUGUAGUGCUCAGUGUGCCUUAGCCCAAGCCAGCUCGGGCAGGACAAGAAGAGGACGGCAACUGGCAGAGCUGUGAGUCUGGCCCAGCCCUCCCUAGAUCUUGGCCUGGUCCCGGAAGAGAUGGAGACAGCAGAGCUCUGCCCCAGGCUGCUCUGGGACUCUAUUUAUUAGGACAGUGGGAAUUUGGGAUUUGAAGCCUGGCUCUUUGUGUGUUCCUGUUUCGUUCUUCCUCCACCAUGUUCCCUGCUGUGGCCUGUUGCAGCAGGCAGGGAUGAAGCCGUCUGUCUCCCUUGCACAUGGGAGUGAUACCAGUGUCCCCAUAGGCUCUUGCCUGUGAUCUUUGUGGGAUAUUGUUGCUAGGCCCACAUCUGGUUCCUCCUGUCCUUCCCAGCACAGCCACAGGAGGCACAGGCUGUGCUGGGCAGGCUGCAGGAUGGUCUGCGUGGGGGCUGUGGGCCUGAGACUUGGCCCAAAGGAAGCACCACGAUUCUCACUCUUCUUCCCUCGUGUUGGUCUGGGACUGCCCUGGAUCUCUGUAUUGCCCUACUGGGGCCCUUUUGUCACAGGAGGAAAGUCCCUGACAUGUUUGAGGACAUGCACCCAACCUUUCCUCAGAGCAGCUGGGGCUGAGCACUGGGGAUGCCCUGUUUUCAGCCACUGCCUUUCUGGUUGCUUUUAGUGUUGUUUUGAGUGCUUUGCCAGUCCACAGUCUGGCAUAGGAUAGGUAUGGCACAGAGAAAGGCUAUUGAGCCCUCCUGACUCUCCGUCCCUCAGAGGUCUGUGUAGGGGCAGCCUGUGCACAUGACUGUCUGCUGAGCCUCUCUUUGUGACUCUGCUGUACCAUAGCUGUGGUGGAGAGCUGCGCUUGGCCUCGGCAGUGGUUGGUGAUGGAGGUUCUUACAUUUCCCUAAUGCUCUAGUUAGCUGACUUGGAUACAGCUGCCCUUUCAGCUUUAGCUCCCGCACAACAUUAGAAGUGACACUCGACUGGAGAGGCAGCACCAGGGUCAGUGCUGCUCUCAGGGGUUCCCCCCAAACCUACCGCACCCUGUGAACUUGCGUCCUCUGAGUCUGAAUUCUGCCAUCCUCCUCAAAACUGGACAUAGGGCUUUGCAGGAAAAGCUGUGGGAGCUCACCCAGACACAGGAUUUCUGGGCGGGCAGCCAACUUGACCUCUCCAGUUUUAGCAGAAAGAAGGAUUUGGAUGUCUAGAAAGAAAACAUCAGGGAUCUCAGAGAUUUCACGUGUGCAAUGGGAUGGCAUUUCAUGUACCACCUGCCACAGGGCACAAGGGCACGAUGGCCCACCUCCCCUGCAGAUACAAUGCGUGCUGCAGUAGGACACCAGACCUGGAGCAAGCUUUUGCAGCACCAACAGUCUCUGAGAUCAAGAAGUGCCAGCACAUGAGGUGAGCAAACAGCCCUGGGGGUUGUGUACCUGCUUGGCGUGUUCAAGUGAGAGGCAGUUGUGAAACUGGUCUAGGUUGCUGCUUGCAGGGUACCAUGAGAGGAUGUCAGGGCAUCGCUGUCCCAUGGGGGUCUGUGUGGACCCCACCAUCAUCCUGAGCUCAGCCAAUGUGUGAGUCUUCACAGCAAGCUGUGGCUGCUGUGUAGUGUUAGGUGACACCUUUCAAAUCUUUCGUAAUGCCAAUACCAAAAAAGUAUCACAAUACCACUGAGAACCACAAUACCGUUCAGGCUUUUGGUCAAGGGGCAGGGAGUUAUUCUAGAGGACCAGGGGAGUUGUGGCAGGGAAUAGAGGCACACUUGGGGCCAGGGCAGUGCAGAGCGGAGCACGAAGGCUGCUAUCAGGGAUCCAGCAGUAGUAUCGGCAAUUAAUAAUGUUAGUAUCCCAAUGCAUUUAGAGCUGCAAUACUACAGCAGCAUCAGAAUUAGCCAGCAGUGCUGCUCACUAGCACACUAGCAACAGAAAGACAAGGUACAAUUGUCUUCUCGAAGGUGCAAAGUGCUGCCCCCCAGCCGGGACAUCCAACCUGGCCUGGAAGAGUUUACAGCUCCAGCUUGCCACCCUCCAUCCGCCUUUCUCCCUAGUUUUAUAUGUUCCCUUAGUUUUUGUACAGGUAGUUCAGACACACACUGUCCCCCUCCCUGCCUGGCCCCUUUGUGUGCACGCGUGAGCUGAGUUGCUGUGCAAUUCCAAGCCUGGCUUGUUUUUAGGCAAUGGCGGAGGGGGUGUUUCGUAGCUCUGCCCAUGGAGGGCAGAGGUUCUGUGCAAUACCUGGUUCUGUGUUCCCUAGAUGCUGUCGUAGGACUGUAUUUUUGUAAGGGUGCAAGCUCUACCAGGCCGACGGCCUGGCAUGAGCCUGUAUUCCCAUUGCUUUUCAACUUUGACUGUUUGGAUGUUGUUGUUUCUUGCAAUUGAAAUAAAAAGAUGGAUGUUUUC